ACAUCUUCUCCUGUUCAUCGGAGAACAGUUGGAAGAUUGAAUACCUCAAGUUGGAAUAAAUAAAACUGAUCAAGUGAAAAAGUGAAAAGAAUUCGAGAUGUGGUUUAACUUCGUUCUCAUCCUUUUGGUGGGAACCUGCUUUGCCGAAAAGGCAAGCAAUGAAAACUUCAAGUACGCUGAUGUAAUCCAAGGUGGUGCCAAGCAGUACCACGGAGAUCACCUCGCAUGGGAACCAAACCAGGUUUAUGUCUACAAUGUCACCACGAAAACCAUGACCGCCUUGCCCGAUAUUACUGAACAGUGGACCGGAGUGCUCACUCGGGCUAAGAUGAUUAUCAGCCCAAAGAGCGACGGCUAUGUCGUUGGCUGGAUCGAACGGCCUCUGUAUGCCCAAGUCAACGAAAAACUUCCGGAAGGACACAGGACCAACCCAGCCUCCCUGAAACUUUCCUGGAAAUCCAUGCCCCUGAGCACGAAGCCUUUCGGUAUCAAGUACAAGAAGGGAGCCAUCAAGGGUCUGUAUGUGGAGAAGACUAUUCCGAACCACGAAGUGAACAUCCUGAAGUCGUACGUCAGCCAACUGCAGGUCGAUCUGCUGGGAGCCAAUUUGAUCAAGUCCAAGUACAAUCAAUUGCCCGAAAAUGAAACCAUCACCGCUGUCUACUCUACGAUGGAACCAUCGAUUGCUGGCGAAUGCGCUACCUUGUACGAUAUCAACGCUAUCCCUAAGUACAAGAUCCAAUCGCACAAGGAAUGGGUUCCCCAACCUCAGUACCUGCAGGAAAAUGACCAAAUCUUGGAAGUCGUUAAGUCCCGGAACUUCAGCAGCUGCGAGAGACGCAUGGGAUAUCACUUCGGUAUCACUGGUGCCUCGAACAUCAAGCCAAACAUCAACCAAAUGGGCAACAUUCUGAACAAGAAUGCCGUCAGCCGUAUUUUUGUUACCGGAAACCCAUGGAACUACACUAUCCAGUCAUCGACUACGGUUAGCAAAAUUGUUGUGAGCCCAUCUUUGGUCAGCAAGCAAAACGCCAUGGUCGUUGCUCAGGUUAACGUUACUUUGAGCCAGAUCAAGAAAGCCUCUCGCGAACCAAUGGCCCCAGCAGAAGAUCGUGCCGUAUUCGUCGGACUGGUCUACAGCUACAACCUUCCAGAAGACAAAGACAACCACGUUCGUCCAGAGCAGGAGAACUCAUCUUCUUCUUCCUCCUCCUCAUCUUCCUCUUCCUCUUCCUCUUCGUCAUCUUCCUCUUCCUCCUCCUCCUCUUCGUCUUCGGAAUCUUCGGAUUCCAGCUCUUCCAGCUCAGAAGAAAAGGACAACGCUAAAAUCAGCCCAGCCGAACAAUACAAAGACGAUCUGAAGAUGGCUGGUAGUAAACUACUGCUUCGCAGAACUCGUGAUUUGAACGCCCAGAAGGAAAAGAAAUACUACGAAGCCUACAAACAGGAUCAGUACCGUCUGAGCCGUAAGAACGAUACCUCAUCCGAUUCCAGCAGCUCCGAUGACUCCAGCUCUUCGUCAUCAGAGUCUUCCGAAAAACGCCGCACCAAGCAAAACCCAUCUGCAUCUUCUUCUUCUUCUUCCUCUUCAUCGUCUAGCAGCAGCUCUUCCUCUUCCAGCAGCUCAUCGUCUUCCGAAUCCCUGAGCAACAGCGAUGAAUUCUACCAACCACGACCGGAUAACAUGAAGGAAGCCCCUGCUAGCCCUCUGCUUCCGUUUGCUACCGGCUACAAGGGCGGAAACGUGCAGAAUGCUCGCAACGUAGACGCCUUCCGAGUUGUUCCAGAAAUGAUCAACAAAAUCGCCAAGGAACUGCAGAACCCUUCAACCAUUCCCAAAUUCAACACCCUGGCCAAAUUCAACACCGUUACCCGUCUUAUCCGCACCAUGGAUCACCAACAGCUUUACGAUAUUGCCCAGAAAUUGUUCGUUUCGGAGAAGGAACGCUCCAAUGGAGAUAACCACAGCGAAAAGUUCGCCAUCCGCGUCGACAGCUGGAACGUACUUCGUGAUGCUCUGGCCGAAGCUGGUACUCCUCCUGCUUUCACCGUCAUCAAGCAAUACAUCGAAGAGAAGAAACUGCGUGGAAUCGAAGCUGCCACCGUCGUUGCUACUCUUCCCAAGAGCCUCCACUUCCCAACCGAAACCCAGAUGCAUGAGUUCUUCCUCAUGGCUACCUCAUCUGCUGUUCAGCACCAAGGACCCCUCAACGCUACCGCUCUGCUUGCCGUUACCGAUUUCUUGAACCGUGCUCACGUCAACAACCGAUCUGCUGUCAAUUAUUACCCAGUCAACAGUUUUGGACGUAUGGCCGAUGCUAAGUACAAAAUUGUGGCCCACAAAGUCAUCCCAUGGUUGGCCCAUCAGCUGCGCGAUGCCGUUAAGGAAGCUAAGAGUGAACAAAUCCAGGUCUAUGUACGUGCUCUCGGUAACCUUGGACACCCAGAAAUCUUGAACGUCUACGAACCUUACCUGGAGGGAAAGAUCCCAGUCACUGAUUUCCAGCGUUUUGCCAUUGUCAUGUCUCUGGAUCGUCUGGUCGAAAACUACCCGAAGCUUGCUCGCACUAUCCUCUACAAGAUUUACCAAAACACCGCUGACACCAAUGAGGUCCGUAGCGCUGCUGUUCUGCUUCUGAUGCGCACUUCCCCACCGGUUUCGAUGCUGCAACGUAUGGCUGAACAAACCAGCGAAAGUGAUGCUCAGGUCAGCGCUUUGGUCAAAAGCUUGAUUGAAUCUGCUGCUGAGGCUGAGGAUUACGACGAGAACUCUGAAUUGAUCCAGAACGCCAAGGCUGCUGUGAAUAUGUUGAACCCAAUCGAUUUCGGUCUUCAGCAUUCUUAUGCCACUCUGCGUAGCUAUGCUCUCAAGGAAAUGGAUCUGUCCUACCGUCUGCAAGCCGGUCUAAUCGCAUCAAACAACCACCCGGUUCCGACUGGAGCUGUUUGGCAUUUGCACAAGAACCUCGGAGGAUUGAAGAAGAUCUCUUCCUACCAUUACAUCGUGUCCAACAUGGAUGCUUUGUUCGAUCUUUUGGACAAUAAAAUUGCUUCCAUCAAAGAACAAACCAGAAUCAUGCUGAGAAACCGUAAAAACAAGGAAGAACAAGACAAGGUCAACAGGAAGUACGGACCGAAAUCUGAGCAACCCUGGUCCACUGAAAGAAUCGCUAAACUUUUGAACAUUGAUCCAGAGGAUGUCGAACAAGUUGAAGGUCAGGUUCUGUUCGAGCUCUUCAACGCUCCUCAUCUCUUUGCUUUCGAUAACAGCACCAUUGAACAGAUUCCAUCUCAAGUGCGAAAGGUUAUGAAGGACCUGAAACACGGAGUCACCUUCAAUGCCACCAAGAUCUACCAGGACAAUACCAUGGUCGUUGCCAUGCCAUUGGAAACUGGUUUCCCGUUCACUUUUGUUCUCCAAGUUCCAACUCUGGUUAAGCUUGAAAUCGAAGCCAGCGCAGAAACUUCCCCGGAUGUUGCUGAACGCCCUGCCGGACAUCCUGAAAACGAUAACGAUGAUCAUGUCCACGUUCCAUUCCUCGCCAAUGUUACUGCUGAUAUCAACGCUGUGUUCUCCCGCAUGCUCGACGCUAAGGUCGGAUUCAACACUCCAUUCGAUCACCAGCGUUAUAUUGCCGGUUUCCAAAAGAAGCAACACUUCAACCUCCCAUUGAGCCUCAAUGCCAAAUUUGACCUGUUGAACGACAACUACGAAAUCAACUUCCAACCUUUGGAACCCAAGAAGGAUGUUCUUAUCGCUCACGCUAGCUCCUGGCCAUACACUGUUUACAAGGACAUCACUGACCUCCGCCCAGUUGCCGAUAUCCCGACUGCCAAGAUCCUCCACGAUUCAGAGGCCAGCCCCAAAUCGUUUGAGAAAACCAUCGGUGAACACAUUACCGGAUUUGCUCUGCGCGUUCAAGCUAAACACGACCAGCCUGCCUUCGAUAUGGCUUACAUUGCCGAACGUAUCCAGGAGCAUGAUUUCAUUUCUGCUUUGUCUUAUCCAUUCGCUUCCCAAUCUUAUCAUUACCAUCAGUUGAAUUUGUGGUACGACGCCCAGCGCACCGCUGUCAAAAAUAUCAAAUUCACCGUCCAGUCCAAGACUGUUGAUGAAACUCAAGACUUUGAGCGCUCUGAAAUCAAGCACCCGAAGGCACGUCACGGUUAUGAUGGGUUAUUCAACGAAUUAAAUCUGGCUCACCCGGUCGUGUUCAGCCCGGCUAGCAGCCGUCGCCAAGAACAGUUCUUGAAGAACGCUGGAGCUGGAAUUCGCAACAGCCAAGGCCGUGUUGUCGAUAUCGGACUUGAGUUCGAAGGACAUUCCCAGAAGGCCGAGUUCGUCCUGACUGUAUCCAACGCUGAAUCUGUGGUCGAUGAAAAAUCACGCCUUUUGGUGUUCGCUUCAGCUAGCCCGUACCUUGCCGUCGGUUCUCAGAAACAAGGACAAAUUUGCCUGAACUUGUCCCAGAAAUAUCCCAACGUACCAAUGUUGAACUUCUUGAACGCUUUGAACAAUGAUGUAGAAUCUUCGAUGAACGUUGAACUCGCUUUCGGCGAAAAGUGUCAAGGCGGUGCCCUGGUAUCCGUUAAAUCUAAACUGCACCAAACCGAUACCUACCGUCAUGAGCUCCGUAUUUCCAAGAUCGGCCAACAAUGCAAGGAACAGAUGGACCAAGGAUACUUCCAGCUUCCCGAAUGCCAGAACGUCACUCGUCAAGCAAGCUAUCUCAAUGAAUAUACCUUCGACGUUGACUUCAAGGACGUUCCUGCUUACGCCCGUCAGGCUACUCACAAGCUAAUUAACUGGAUUCUUGCUAUGGUUCCACUGCGUAUUGCUGAAGAUGUUAUCAGCCACGAGGGAAAACAUAACCAGGCUCAGCUCAAGAUUGACCUUGCUCCACGUGCUGAUUACGCCAACAUCACCUUGAUCACCGAAAACCGUAAGAUUGAAAUCGAACAACAGCCAAUCCGUAGUGAAUGGAUGAAAUACCUAAUGCUGGUGCACCCUGCCCUGGACUGGAACGAACGAGUCGCCACUUACGCUUACCGUGGACAGAUGAACCCAUCUUGUACGGUGUCUCCUAAAUACAUCAACACUUUCGAUGGCCGCACCUACGAUUACAACACUGGAAGCUGCUGGCACGUGGCUGUCCACACCGUCAAGCCGGAUCUGACUGUUGGAUCUCCACACUCGCACUUCUAUCGAUCGGACGAAGAGAAGCGUUGGAGCAACGGAUUCGAAAACCACGAACAGGUCACCAUUUUGACCCGCACCGAUGAAAACAAGCAGCAACGUUUGAAGGUCAUUGUGGGCCAGAACUGGCGUCUGGAUUUGAAUGUUGAGAUCAUUCCAAACGGAGCUGAAGUUCCUCAGGUGAUCGUUGAUGACAAACCACUGCAAGUUCAGGAGAAACAUACCAUCCCAAUGUACACUCACGAUGGAAGCAAACAGCCAGCUCUGCGCGUUCAUGCUCUGCCAGGAAAGGAAGUUCUGCUCGAUAUCCACGACGGUGAGUUCAUGAUCGUCACCGACGGAUACCGUGCCCGUAUCUUCUCUAGCCAGUCCUACUACGACAACACGGUCGGUCUGUGCGGUACCAACAACAAGCAAGGUGAAGAUGACUUCGUUACCCCGCGUCAAUGCAUUAUGCGCAAACCGGAACUGUUCGCCGCUUCCUGGGCCGUCACUGGACAGGAAUGCUCUGGCCCAGCCAAGGCUUUCGCGAUCGCCUCGGAACAAAAGCAGAAGGAACAGUGCGUGAAGGUCGAACAUCUGUACGGCAAUGUGAUCAGCGAGACCGAAGCUGGACGCAAACGUUAUCGCUACUACAACCACAACGUUGAAUCUUCCAGCUCUUCGUCCGAGUCCGAUUCUUCCUCUUCGUCGUCGAGCAGCUCCCAGUCUCGUAGCGAUUCUUCGUCUUCGUCUUCUUCGGAAUCAAGCGAACAUGAUCCAUCCCAGCAGAAGUACACCGAAAAGAGCUGCGAAACCAAACACCAGGUUCAAGUAGUUGAACAGGAAGGAAAGAUCUGCUUCACCCUCCGUCCUCUUCCGGCCUGCAGCUCUCUUUGCCAAGCUGUCAAAUCUGAAGGCAAAUACGUUGACGUCUACUGUACCGAGUCAACCAACGCGGCUGCUCAAAUGUACAAGAAGCAAAUCCUCAAGGGAGCCAAUCCUGACAUGAGCAACAAGACCCCAUCGAAGACGAUCAAAUUCAACGUCCCCAAGCAGUGUGUACACCGCGCUUAAGAAAAUUCAAUUUCAAUCGUUCUUUUUUUUAUUAUUAUUAUUCAGCAACGAGAAAAUCAACAAAAA